UUGUUGUGUUUAGUAGAUGUUUUGUUUGUUCUUCCAAAAUUUCACGAAACUUGGGAAAAGGAUACUCUUCUAACCCUAAUUUUCUUAUUAUCUCUCUCUUAAACUCCUUCACCGUCUCUCAAUUUCCUCUCAUUCUCUCCUCUGAGUACGACGGUGGGCUCUCCCAUUUCCUCAUUGUCCAAGGGUUUGUUUCUGUGGAUCUCGAAGUUCAACGGAAAUUUCAAGUAGAGAAGCCCCGCUCAGGCGCUGCUGCGGCCGUUGGAGCUCUCCGAGUUCCAUCUCAAGCUUCACUUGCGGUGCGAAACAUUCUGAGGAGUGUGUUGAAGAUCCUCUAUUCUAAAAAAGUUUCCAGCGGAUUGUAGUUUGGGACGGAGUAACUCUCGAGGACAUGGAAUGCAACAAGGACGAAGCGAAAAGGGCAAUGGAUAUUGCUGAGAGGAAGAUUACAGAAAAGGACUACAAUGGGGCUAAAAAGUUCGCUAACAAGGCUCAGAACUUGUUUCCAGAGCUGGAUGGUCUGAAACAUUUAUUGGCGGCUAUCGAUGUUUAUAUCUCUGGAGAGAAAAAUAUCUACGGAGAAGCUGAUUGGUAUGGUAUCCUUGGUGUAGAUCCCUUUGCUAAUGAUGAUGCAGUCAAAAAACAAUACCGGAAAUUAGUUCUUAUGCUCCAUCCGGAUAAAAACAAGUGCAACGGCGCUGAAGGUGCGUUUGAGCUGCUUUCACAAGCUUGGAAUCAACUCUCUAACCCGGAGAAGAGAUUAGAAUAUAACAUAAGGAGGGGCAAAGAAGCUCAACGAUUCUCAACAACACAGAGCGUGAUUCCACCAUUCCAGCCAACUUCUAACGGGAUUCAUAAUGUAAGGGAGCAUGUUGUUCCGAAUGCCAGGGCCAGAUCUAAGCCCGCUGCCCGUAUGGAUAGAUCCCGUGUGGGUUCGCCGCCUGCUUUUGUUCCUUCGAUGCCGAAGCAGAGUAGUACCUUUUGGACAAAGUGCGGCAACUGCAACACACAAUAUGAGUAUCUAAGGGUUUAUCUUAACCAGACCUUGCUUUGUCCCAACUGUAAUCAUGGUUUUGUUGCACAAGAGAUAACUCCGCCUUCAUUUGUUCCGAAGCCGCCAGUCAACCUCUCAUCUAACCAACAGCACAGGAGUUCCAAAAAUCAAGCGUCAAACAAAAAAUCAUAUGGUCCUCCUUCUUCUAGGAGAGAGCCUGCAGCAUCUGUUAACCAUAAUUUUCAGUGGGAUUCUUUAACAAGAAUGGCUGGUUCUAACAGCCGAAAUGCUACAAAUCAAGCUGCAAAUGUAGUUCAGCAAUCACAACUGAAGAGAGAGCUUGGGGAGUCGCGAGAAAGGGAUGCUGCUAGAGGAUUCACGAACUCUGAUCUGAGGAAUUUCAAGAAGCCGAAGACAGACGAUUCCCACAUGCGAGGUCAAUUGGCAGGUAAUCAAACAGGUGCAAGGAAUGUUGGCAAUGGAAAUACUGAAACGCCCAACACCGUAGGCUCUCGACAUACUCAUGUACAAGGAAUGUUGUUACCUUGUGAUAUAACCAAAGCUCUUAUGGAAAGAGGCCAGACAGAAAUUUUUAAGAGACUUCCGAAGAUGAUCUCUGAAAUGAAAGCAAAGGUGAGGGAAACUGAUGGGGAGAAGAAAAGUAUGAAGGCAACGAGCAAGAUGAGUGGCAAGGCAAAUGAGGUUGAGAGGCCAGUCGAGGAAAUUCCCCAUGCUUCAGAUGAAGAGAAGGAUGAUGAAGUGAAGACAAUCAUUGUUCCGGAUUCAGACUUUCACAACUUUGAUCUUGACCGAUCUGAAAAUUCUUUCAAAGACGACCAGAUUUGGGCUGCCUAUGAUGAUGACGACGGAAUGCCACGGUUUUAUGCCCGCAUCCAUAAGGUGAUUUCGUUGAAUCCCUUUAAGAUGAGAAUCAGCUGGCUCAAUUCCAAAGGCACCAGUGAAUUUGGUCCCAUAGACUGGAUGGGUGCUGGUUUUGCUAAAACAUGUGGGGAAUUUAGGUCAGGGAGACAUGAACCUACGGAUACACUAAACGCCUUUUCCCACAAAGUUGAUUUCACCAAAGGUGCAAGAGGAUUCCUUCAUAUCCUUCCCAAAAAGGGACAAGUUUGGGCAUUGUAUCGAAAUUGGUCUCCUGAGUGGGACAAGAAUACCCCUGAUGAAGUUAAACACAAGUAUGAGAUGGUGGAAGUUCUUGAUGACUAUACCGAAGACAAUCAAAGUGUAACCGUGACUCUCUUAGUCAAAGCUGAAGGAUUCAGGGCAGUUUUCCGUAGAAGCACAGAUGGAAACGAUGUGAGGGAGAUUCAAAAGGAAGAAAUGUUGAGAUUCUCCCAUCAGGUGCCUCAUUACAUUCUUACAGGGAAAGAAGCUGAUAACGCACCAGAAGGUUGUCUGGAACUAGACCCGGCUGCAACUCCUUAGAUUGAUAGUUUGUUGUGAUUCCUUCAUUACAUUCUUAGUUUGUUGGUAAAGUUCCUUUUGUCUUUCAUGGAAACUAUUAUGUAUCUAUCUAAUCUUAGGUACAGCAUACUUACAUGACCUGAAAGAAUAUUUUGUCUGUGGAACUAACUAUAUUUUCUUCGGCUGCUCUUCCCCUAUAUAUGACUUGGAAUAGUUUUAUCACCCUUGUGGUCCAGUUUAUAUAAGAGGGGUUUGUUUUGAGUUUUGA